AUUCUCUCUUCUUCUUCUGCCCGCUCUGUUGGCCAUCUCUAGGGAAGGGGGCCAGAGGUGAAGUGAAAUCAACCUCGAUCACGGUCAUCGUGACCCUCUAACCCUAACUCUGACUAGAAGUUCUACAAAGUAUUUUCGAAAAUUAGACAAAAAAUGAGCGACAACGGGAAGAACAGGGGUCUCACGGCCGACCCGGAGAGGCAGUUCCAUUACGGCACGUUUCAAGGCGUGGCAAACUACUAUCCUCCGCCUCCUGUGGUGCCGCCUCAUCUGGUUGUUGGCAUCCCCCAGCCUGUGCCUCCUCAGGCGUCCAUCCCCAAUAGUCAUUUCCCCUACGGCUACCAAACCGUCGCUGGUUAUGCUGUAACUGAGGGGCGACUGGAAAGAGAGCACCGGAUUCCAUGCUGUGGUAUGGGCAUGGGAUGGGUCUUGUUUAUUAUUGGUUUCUUCCUUGGUGGCAUUCCAUGGUAUGUUGGAACUUUCAUUCUACUAUGUGUACGAGUGGAUUACAGAGAAAAACCUGGAUAUGUUGCCUGUGCAAUAGCUUUUCACCAGUACCAGGUUGUUGGAAGAGGGCUUCCAACUGAGUCGGAUGAACACCCAAAGAUUUUCAGGAUGAAAUUGUGGGCAACAAAUGAGGUUCGGGCCAAGUCUAAGUUCUGGUACUUUUUGAGGAAGCUUAAGAAGGUCAAGAAGAGCAAUGGGCAAGUCCUUGCAAUCAAUGAGAUUUUUGAGAAGAACCCUACCAAGAUCAAGAAUUAUGGAAUCUGGCUGCGAUACCAAAGUCGAACUGGUUAUCACAACAUGUACAAGGAAUACAGAGACAUCACUCUUAAUGGGGCUGUGGAACAGAUGUAUACUGAGAUGGGUUCUCGCCACAGGGUCAGGUUUCCUUGCAUUCAGAUUAUCAAGACUGCCACCAUCCCAGCCAAACUGUGCAAGAGGGACAGCACCAAGCAGUUCCACAACUCCAAGAUCAAGUUCCCAUUGGUGUUCAGGAAGGUGAGACCACCAACCAGGAAGCUGAAGACCACAUACAAGGCUUCAAGGCCUAACCUAUUUACCUGAUUCUCUAUCACCAGCAAUUAGUGAGUUAGCAAGAAGUAAAAAUUGUGCCGUCUCUUGUUCCCAGAAUUACUGCGUAUUUUAUUUGAAAGAUCUUGAUAACCAGACUGCAGCUUGUCAGUAUUCCUUUUUUUAUUUUUUUACAUUCUAAGUUUAUGGACAUGGUACUUUCUUUAUGGCCAAGGUAUAAACUUCAGCUUUUGUCGUGUGAA